CAGCAUAUCUUUCUAUUAAUGUCAUUAAUGUCAAAAGAUUCCAAAGUGAUCACUGGUCUCUGUUUCUUCAAGUGAAUGAGCGGAAUUUUGUCAGCCCACAAUCGAUAUUUUGUAGCAGCAAGUUUGAAAUAGAUGCUUUUUUAUGUCUGAGUGAGUCACUAAGAGUCUUUGACAAUAGUCUAUGUGAAGACAAUUUGCAAAGUAUUUGGUGCAUGUCAAAGAGUAAUACACCUUCAGAAAUGCUUGUCUUGCUUUAGCUUGCAUGGCCUAGACUCCAGGGACCCAUGAGCGGGGUUCUGGACGCGUUCACCUUAAUCGCGUACUACGUGUUUCAGUACUUGUCGCGUCUUUGUCAUGGAAGUCACGGGGCUAUGUUCCUGCACCAAUGAAGAACAAAAGAGGGUCAGCUUUGCCAUUGUGAUGCUAACACGAUCAGACAAAGGAAAGACCAGUACUCACAAGGACCGACAGCAUGAAUGUACAACGGGAAGUCAGCGGCGAAAAGUUUAAGAACAUGAAGGAUUACUCCUAUUGCCUGACAGGGAAGCUGGACCUGAAUCUCAGUGUGCGAAUAAACUCACUGGAAUGGAAACCAAAGCGACCCCACCUGGAUGCCAGCACGGUGCCGUACUCUGCAGAGAAGAGGAGUCCAUAUCCCGACCUUUACCUGACAUGCCAGGUGUUUGCAGGGGAUCAAGCGCUGACAGUCGUCCUCAAGACCUCGUAUAAGCCCAUGACCACCAAGUUCACCUGGAACGAAUGGAUUGCCCUGCCCAUCAAGUAUAGGGACCUGCCUCUCAACGCUCAACUCGCCUUCACUGUUUGGGAUGCAGCCUCACCUCGGAAAGUGGUGGCUAUCGGAGGUUCGACUCUUAGGCUGUUUGGGCCUUUUAAUAUUAUCCUGACCGGACCACAGAAGUUGCGCAUGUGGCCAGAUUGUGAGGCCGAUGGGAGUGAACAUACAAAAACGCCAUCCGACACUGGCGAAAGGGAUGAGAUGGACCGGUUCGAGAAGCUGCUGAAGAAACUGGACCGUGGAGAUAUCCCGAGGACCGAAUGGCUCGAUAAUCAGGCCUACCGCCAAAUUGAACAAAUCCACAAGAAACUUGUAGCGCAAUCAGACAAGAUGCUUCUGAACAUCGAUCUAUUACGAUUCGACUUUCCGGUCAUAUUCAAUGAACAUGAAUACGAAGCAAAAACGCAAUUUUCAUCAAGCAGCUUUGGAGGAUCUGCAGUCAACUCCAUCCCAUCCUUCCCUGGAAGCAGCACUGGCAAUUCUAUAUUCACUGUUGAAGAUCCAGAAAUGUCCCGAGAGAAUCCUGUUGAGGCCAAACACAGGAGACUGGUUAGAAGUCAUCGGAACGGUCCUUUGGACAGAGAACUCAAGCCAAACCCCAAGAUCCGCGAUGAACUUGCUCAAAUUCUCAGAUACCCACCAUCGCAUUCUUUGACGGCAGAGGAAAAAGACUUGUUGUGGAAGUUCAGGUUCUACCUGACUCGAGACAAACGAGCCUUGACGAAGUUUCUCAAAUCUGUCGUAUGGAGCGACCCUGCAGAAGCCAAGCAGGCGGUAGAUCUAUUGCCAGCAUGGGUAGACGUUGACGUGGAUGAUGCAUUGGAGUUGCUAGGGUCAUCGUUCGAAAACCGGGAAGUGAGAUCUUAUGCUGUUACGCAAUUGCGGAGCGCCAAUGACGAUGAUUUGCUGUUGUUCCUGCUUCAGCUUGUGCAAGGUCUAAAGUUCGAGCACAUCGACAACAACUUUGGAGAGUCGAAUCUCGUCGCGUUCUUGAUUGAGCGGGCUGUCAAGAACCCUAUCCUUGGCAAUUAUUUUCACUGGUAUUUAAUGAUUGAGUGCGAGGAUGUGGCUGUCAGCAAGAUGUACGGAAAAGUUUCAUAUCAAUACAUGUCGGCGAUGACGGCUUCUGGCAUUCAACGGAGAGAAAGCCUCAGAAGACAGGGCGAGCUGAUUGAGACGUUAGCCAACCUGUCCAAGAGCAUCAAGCAAAUGCGAGAGUCCCGGCCAAAGAAGAUUGAGAAACUACGUGAAUUUAUUUCGGAUCCAAAGAAUGGACUGAUCUCGUUCAAGCCAUUGGCGCUGCCUCUCGAUCCGAGGAUAGAGGUUACCGGUAUCAUCCCAGAGCAAACGGGUAUCUUUAAGAGCAGUCUGCUGCCCUUACAUCUCACAUUUUCAUGCGCCGACGGAAGUCAUUACCAGGCGAUUUUCAAGUCGGGCGACGAUUUGAGGCAGGAUCAACUCGUUAUUCAACUCAUCACCCUCAUGGACGACCUUCUUCGAAAAGAGAAUUUGGAUCUCAAGCUAAUGCCUUACAAGGUCUUGGCGACAGGAGCGGAUCAUGGCAUGGUGCAGUUUGUCGCUUCUCAGUCCUUAGCAAAUGUGUUGAACGAGAAUAACGGCAGCCUGCUCAUGUUCUGGCGAAAGUAUCAUCUGGACGAACGGAGUGUGGACACAUUCGGAGUGAGACCCGAAGUCAUGGAUGCCUAUGUCAAGAGCUGUGCUGGAUACUGUGUGAUUAUGUAUCUUCUUGGUGUUGGAGACCGGCACUUGGACAACCUACUUUUGUCUCCAAAUGGGAACAUCUUUCAUGUCGACUUUGGGUUCAUUCUCGGCCGGGAUCCGAAGCCGUUCCCUGCGCCUAUGAAGAUCACCAAAGAAAUGGUCGAGGCUAUGGGUGGCUUUAACUCUGUGCACUACCAGAGUUUCAAAUCCUAUUGCUUCACGGCGUACAAUAUUUUGAGGAAAUCUGCCAACCUGAUCCUGAACCUGUUUGGACUGAUGGUAGAUGCUAACAUUCCCGACAUCAAGGCGGAGCCCGACAAAGCUGUUUGGAAGGUGGAAGAGCGAUUCCAGCUAGACUUGACGGAUGACGAGGCGAUCAAGUUCUUCCAAAACUUGAUCAGCGAGAGUGUCAGCGCCCUCAUUCCGCAGAUUGCAGAGACCAUCCAUGGCUGGGCCCAACAUUGGCGAAAAUAAACAGGACCACAUCAAUACGAAGAGUUUUCAAUUAAAAUAUUAGCAUUCAAAUUUUAUUUCCGGCCCUUUACAUUGCAGAUUGAUCCGUGCUUUACCAUAACCUUAUUUGAAACCUGUGCGACACACAGACUGUGCGCGAACGUGGAA